AUGAUUGACAUUAAUUUAUUCCGUGUUGAAAGAGGAGGAAAUCCCGAGCUUAUACGAGUGUCGCAACGCAAGCGCAACGCCUCUGUUGAAGUUGUCGAUGAGAUAGUUACAAUCGAUAAGGAAUGGGUCAAAUUGGAUGAGCUAAACAGAAAAAUCAAGGUCGUCCAAAAACAAAUUUCCGACCUCAUAAAAACAAAUGACCGCGCCGCAGCAGAGGGCCAUUUGACGGAAAAAUCUGCGCUUGAAGAGGAGCGAAAGUGCAUCGAGUCAAAUAUGGAUGCCAAGAUGGCCCAUUUGGAGAAGCUGUUGGAUUCGAUCGGAAAUAUUGUGCAUGAAAGUGUCCCUGUUUCUAAUGACGAGGCUCCUUGCAAGAAAGAAAACAUCAUGUCACACGACCAAGUCCUGACUCGCAUUGAUGGGUUUGACCCAGAGAGAGGCGCAAAAGUUGCCGGGCAUCGUGGCUAUUUCCUAAAAAAUUGGGGUGUUCGUCUCAAUUUGGCGCUUAUUCAAUACGGAUUGGAUUUCCUUUCAAAGCGAAACUACACUCUUUUGYAAACCCCUUUUAUGAUGAAAAGAGACAUGAUGAUGCGUACGGCCCAAUUGAGCGAUUUUGACGACCAGCUUUUCAAGAUAGUGGACGAAUCGGGCGAAGACAAGUAUUUGAUUGCUACCUCAGAGCAGCCCAUAUCUGGUUUCCAUGCCAACGAAUGGUUUGAAAAGCCUUCGGAAACCCUUCCGCUUCGAUAUGGUGGCCUUUCUUCUUGCUUUAGGAAAGAAGCCGGCGCCCACGGAAAAGAUACAUGGGGCAUCUUUCGCAUUCACCAAUUUGAAAAGAUCGAGCAAUUUGUGCUAACGGAGCCCCAGCACUCGUGGGCCAUGUUUGAGGAGAUGAUCGGCACCUCUGAAGCCUUUUACCAAUCCCUCAACCUUCCCUACCGCAUUGUGAGCAUUGUUUCUGGGGCGCUGAACAAUGCUGCUGCAAAGAAGUACGACCUUGAAGCGUGGUUUCCCUAUUUUGGCGAGUACAAGGAGCUUGUUUCCUGCUCGAACUGUACCGAUUACCAAAGCCGCUCUCUUGAGAUCCGAUGUGGAAUCAAAAAGCUUGGUGACCGAGAAAAAGUGUACGUGCAUCUCCUCAAUUCGACCUUGACGGCAACAGAGCGAACUCUUUGCUGCAUAAUGGAGAACUAUCAGACUCCAGAAGGGCUGGCCGUGCCUGAAGCGCUUCGCCCAUAUCUUGGAGGUGCCGAAUUUAUCCCAUAUACCGCUCCAAUUCGGAUUCGCAAAUAA